UCGUCCACUCCUGAGAGACAAAACUCAGAGCAUCUGGAUUACGUCAGAAGGCGAGGUGAUCUCUCAGAAACUAACUACUUCACCAUGUUGACCGGUUCUGAAGUUGCAAAGCAUAAAUCCAACGACUCAUGUUGGACAGUGAUACACGGCAAGGUCUAUGAUAUCACGAGUUUCCUGGACAAGCACCCGGGUGGUCGAAGCAUCCUUCUCAGGCAAGGCGGAGCUGACGCCACAGUCGAGUUCGACAAGAUACACUCUUUGGAGAUCAUUGAAGACCUGCCCGAUGGCAGCCUCAAGGGCGAACUGGACCCUUUGACGGCCGAUUCUCUGAAUGUUCCUACAAACCCAUCGAAGGCAACAGCAGCAUCCGACAGCCAAAAAGUGAAGCCCUUAUCGCUCUGUGUCAGGGUCAGCGACUUCCGGGCCGAGGCUGAGAAGAUACUCGACCGCCGGUCAUGGAUCUACGCUACCAGCAGUGCGAACGCGGGCCUCUCCUUACAAGGGAACAUCGACUCGUGGAGCAGGGUGAAUUUCCGACCGAGAAUAUUACGCAAUGUAGCCAGCGUGUCUACAAAGUCAUCCCUCCUCGGCAACCCUUCCCUCGUGCCCUUCUUCGUCUCCCCCAUGGGCACAAUGGGGAUGUCGCAUCCCAAUGGAGAAUUCGAGCUGGUAAACGCACUGGCACGGAAGGGCGUUCAUGGUGUCACGUCGACAGCGAGUACCAAACCCUUGGAGAGCAUCAAGCUAUCCCAUGCAGAUGAGCUGAACAGGAUCGGCGGAGAGUCAGUCAGCCCUUCCAGGUUGUUCUUCCAGCUUUAUAUCCCGACAGACAGGGCAAAAGCUGUGGAAUUGGUCAGGAAGGUGAAACAGGCCGGUUACAAGGGUCUGUUCGUCACCGUGGACACGGCCGUGCUGGGAAAGAGGACGGAGGAUCGAAGGAAGCAGGCUGACGAGGCGCUGGAGGAUGGGCUAGAUCACAGCACCUUCCAAACGCCUGUCGGCAAAGAAAGCAAUGAGAAUGCCUUUUCGCCUGCGGUGGGUGCACGACCGGUGCCGGGUCAGCUGAGUCCGAUGGUCACCUGGGAGGACCUGGAGUGGAUCAGAGAGGAAUGGGCAGGCCCAAUAGUCCUCAAAGGUAUCCAGACAGCCGAGGAUGCCAAACUAGCGGCCGAGAAUGACUGCCAGGGUAUCCUGCUCAGCAAUCACGGCGGGCGACAGCAGCACACGGCCCCGAGCGCCUUAUCAACUCUCCUGGAAAUCCGCACAUACUGCCCCGAAGUGCUCGAGAAGAUGGAGAUCUACCUGGAUGGCGGCUGCCGCGAUGGCGCGGAUGUGCUUAAAGCCUUGGCACUGGGCGCCACAGCAGUCGGGUUUGGGCGGCCUUUCUUUUAUGCGAUGGCUGCUUAUGGCGGGCAAGGCGUGGAGCGUUGUAUAGACAUAUUAUCGGAAGAAUUGGCGCUGGGAAUGGCACUGUUGGGCGUGACUUCGCUUGACCAGCUUCGGCCGGAGAUGGUGAAUGCCAGCCGGCUUCUGAAUGAGAUGUGGAGACCAGAGUUACCUUCGAUUUUGAGCAGACUGUAGUUUGAGCUAUCUACGUACAGACAGUGUACUUUGGAGGUUGUCUUUGUGUAUCGAUUUGUUUGAUUAGUCCCGUCGUGUCUGUGCAUAUGUUGCGUUGACGGAUUAGACUAUAUCUGAGCUUCC